CACACAAGAACCAGACAGAGAGUUAGAGAGAAAAAGAAAAAAAACCCCUUUCUUCUCACCAUUGUUGAUGGAGGAGAAAGCUCAUGAAUCAAAGAGAAAAAAGCAUAUGAAAAACUGAGCCGUCUCCCUCCUCUUAUGGAUCUACUUUGUGUGUGUGUGUGUGUGUGUUAGAUAAGCUUUGAGAGAGAUUUUCUAGUUUGCAUGUUACCUUACCCUCCAAGUAUUUAUCUUUUAAAGCCUUAUCAGCCCUUUAGAUUCUGAUUUGUUCUUAUCCAUUUAUCAGAUCUUUUUAUAAGGUCCCCCGGUGAGUUUUUGCAUCCUCUUGUUUAAAAAAAAAUAAAAAAUAAAAGGUCAGAAGAAGCUAUGGAUCGAAGAGAAGCUAUGUCGGGUUCUUACUACAUCCAGAGAGGCAUGCCUGGUUCUGCUCCUCCUCCUCCUCCUCAGACACAACAGCCGUUUCACGGAUCACAAGGGUUUCACCAUUUCUCCAACCCCAACUCUCCUUUCGUCUCGAACCCAAACCUGAACCAAGUAGGCGGCGGCGGCUCCGCUGCAUUCGUGUCUCCUCCUUUACCGAUCGAGUCUUCUCCGGCUGACUCUUCAGCGCCUGUUGCGGCUGCUCCUCCUCCGUUGUUUGGUGAGAAGAGGAAGAGAGGACGGCCUAGGAAAUACGGACAAGAAGGUCCUGUUUCCUUGGCAUUGUCUCCCUCCAUGUCCCCAAACUCUAACAAACGUGGCCGUGGUCGACCUCCUGGCUCCGGCAAGAAGCAAAGGCUUGGUUCCACUGGUGAAUUGAUGCCUUCAUCGUCUGGGAUGAGCUUCACCCCGCAUGUAAUCGCAGUUUCAGUUGGUGAAGACAUUGCAUCAAAGGUACUGUCUUUUUCGCAGCAAGGUCCAAGAGCGACUUGUGUCUUAUCUGUUAGUGGUGCAGUCUCUACUGCAACUAUUCUACAGCCAUCACCAUCUAAUGGAGCUAUUAAAUACGAGGGUCGUUUCGAGCUCUUGUCUCUCUCGAUCUCUUAUCUGAACGCAACUGACAAUGACUACUCAAACCGCACUGGAAACCUAUCCGUCUCACUCGCUAGCCCUGAUGGUCGUGUCAUUGGUGGUGGAAUUGGAGGGCCUUUAAUAGCUGCAAGCCCAGUUCAGGUUAUCGUUGGGAGCUUCCUUUGGGCGGUUCCAAAAGGGAAGGUUAAGAAACGAGAUGAAGCUUCUGAAGAUGUCCAAGACACGGACGGUUUGGAGAAGAACGACCACAACACUGCACCAACUUCACCUCCUCAACAAAGCCAGAACCUUGAUCAGACUCCUGUAGGCAUGUGGUCAACCGGUUCAAGAUCAAUGGAUAUGCAUCACGCCCACAUGGACAUUGAUCUAAUGCGUGGUUGAUUCAUAUGUGUAGUAGAUAAGCAUUGAAUCUAGGAGAAGAAGAAAAGCUAACCUCUCUCAGAAAAAUGUCUUUUGGUUAUGUUUAGGACAAGAAAAAGACUUGUAGUGAUUUUCAGAACUCUUGUGUGUUCUUUAGCUUUUGGUUUAUUGAUUGAAUUGCAAUUUCAUAUAAUGUUA